AUGGCCCGACGUACCCAAGCUCGGACUUGGUCGAAAGGAUCUGCUACUUCUAUGAGCUCCACCUCGACCCGCAGCGACCUGUCCAGCCAUUCCAGCCUCUCCAGCUACACUCAAUAUACCACUCAAACCUCUUGUAGCGACAGCAAGCCCAUCGUCAAGCAUCACCACAACUAUGAGGAGCGUGAGAUUGUUGACGGGCAUAUGAGCCCUUCUCACGAAUAUGAACAAGACCCUCGAGCAUCAACCGAGACAUAUACAUCCACAAUCGCGUCUGACGAUGAUGACAAUGAUUCAUCGAGACCUCCCAGCUUAUGUCCCUUGAUGAGACAUAUAUGCUACAAGCCUGAUGCGAUCCCAACCACGCCUGUUGAAUUCGGAGAGCUGUUUCCUUCCACGAGAAGAAUCCUCAUUCAACACGACGACACCACCCCCGAUGGAAAUCUGAAUCUCCGCAUUGAUACAGAGUUGGCCAUCUCCAGAGGACACAAGUUGAAGUUGACUCUGUUCCAUCUUCGCAUGUACGAUCUUGCCGAACGCCAGUUCUCACUUCGUCGAUAUCAGCGGCAGUCGGGUCGAGAAGUCUGCAACUCGAAGCGGAAGUAUCUGAAGCCGGUCGCCCAGAAGUCAUCAUCUCCGUCAUCCUCAACUCGGCGGCGCUCAUUUACCUCGACCCUCGCCAAGAUCAACCUCAGAACACUGAAGAGCAAGCCUCGGCCGAAGCCGGUUCAAGAGAUCCGAGACGAGGAGUCGGACGACGAUUUCAGUUCCUUUGCCGCACAAGUCGACGUCAAGGCCACUAUUCCCACAGACACUAUCAGACUCGAGUUUUCGAAUUACGCUCAGGUCGACCUAGAGCGGAGUAAGACAGGAGAUGGCAAGUAUGAGUUUGAGUAUUGGGGUGAGCGGUAUUCUUGGAGGCGGAAUAUCUAUCGGGAUGAGUCCGAAUUGGUCUUCUCUUUUGAGCUGAUCAAGUCAUCUUCAGGGGUUUGCAUUGCUCAUAUCACUCCGGACAAGCUGUCACAAAGACAAAGCCGGCAAGAAGCGGUGCUGGGUGGUUGGAUUCCACCGUGCAGUUUGCGGCUGACGGAGAAGGACAUCUCGAAUGACUUGGGAGACGUGAUUAUGGCAACCGGACUCAUGUCUCUGGUGGAUGACUGCAUCAGGAGACACUGGGAUGAGCCACACCGCUCUUGA